AUGAAUCAAUCUCUCUCUCUUUUAUUGGUGCUACUUGUAUUAUGUGUUACUUCCUCGAAUUCAAUUUCCAACAAAGUUGUUGAAGUAAAUGUCAUUUGCAAAGAAACUUCGAAUCCUUUGUAUUGUUCAAAUCUUCUCAACUCAAAGCCUGGAGGAGCAAAAGAUGCAAGUCUUGUUGAUCUUGCAUAUUACACAAUUGAUGUGCUUAGCGACAAUUCGGACAACACAAAUAUGCUAAUAUCCAAAUUGAUCGAUGAAAUUGGUGAUAAUGAUACCGAAAUAAACUAUUAUUAUCGUUGUAAAGUAAAUCUUCUUAGUGAAGAUGGCGUCAUCCCUAGGCUUGUGAUUGCAGACAAAUAUUUGGCAUUCAAACAGUAUCCAGCCUUGACCAAACUUAUAGGCGGUGUUAUGAAUAAAAUUGUUGAAUGUCGAGAUAGUCUACAUCAACAUAAAACCAGUCCAUUAGUCGCUCAAAAUGUUGAUGUUCUUCGACAAAUUGGUCAAUUAUGUGUUGUAGAGUUGUAUGUUAGUACUUUAUCUUAUCUAGAGUUGUAUGUUAUACUUAUGAAAAAUAAUUGA